CGCUAAUCCAAGUGAACUUUGUCGAUUUGUCGACAUGCCGUUGGCAGUAAGUUAGAAAAUCGCAUCAAUUUUUUUGUUACAGAAUCAUCUACUUUGCUCUGGAUCUCAGCUGCUGCUCACACAAUCUUCGGCUAUCAACGAUGUUGGGCUUCUUCAGCACCACCAUUCCUGCAUGAGUUGCGACAGAAGACGGUUAUCGCAAGAUUUUUGGAGCAGGGAGCCUGCACAAAUGAAUGUACCAUGCUGUAUCUCUCCUUUCGUCAGUUGCUCUCAAGCAGAUGGCACUAUUGCCGUCAUACCCCUAUAUCUCAUGCAUAUUAGCAGUUUAUCUGAACAGACCUUGCCGCACAUCAACCCCUUCGAGUCGAAACGGUAUAUGCUCUCGCUUCUAACACACCAGACUUUCAUGUGCCAUAUGGCACCACCAUCACGGGACGCAUGGAGAAACUGUGCUCACCACGCCGACGUCGGAACCAACCGCACACUCUUAUCAAUCUGAUAAUCGCUUGACCUUUUUUUGCUGACAUUUUCCGCCCUCUGACAUCACCAUCUGCUCGCUGUGCUCAUAGUCGGGUUCGACUCCGACUCCACGCAUUUGCUUUUUGACGACACAUUCUCAUACCGAGCCUUUGCGCGUCCCAUCUUCACGAUCCCUCAGAAAGACAAGCUGCGAAGUCUCGCAGAUGUCCGGCAACUCCAAUGCCGACAUAUGGAUUGCUGGCGCUUUUGCUGCAUUCACCGUCGACCUCCUGGUUUAUCCGCUAGACACGCUGAAGACGAGACUGCAAUCACCUAACUACAAGGCUCGCUACACAAAUGGUGCUGCGAACACCGUCAACAAGGCCGCUUUGUUCCGCGGCCUGUACCAGGGCGUCGGCAGCGUAAUUCUAGCCACUCUUCCUUCAUCCGGUGCCUUCUUCACCACAUAUGAAGGCGUCAAGCACGUCCUCUCCACGCAUAACCCAACGCUUCCUGGACGUGAAACGCAUCUAAUCGCCCAACCGAUUAUCCACGCGACGGCCUCCGCGCUCGCCGAGCUGGUCUCGUGCGCAAUCCUCACCCCCGCCGAGGUCAUCAAGCAGAACGCCCAGAUGGUCGAUGCUUCCUCGCCCGCUGGUGCCACGGCACAGACACUGCGCAAGUUUCGCGGCAAUCCGCUCGCUCUUUGGCGUGGAUAUACCGCGCUUGCAGGCCGGAACCUGCCCUUCACCGCGCUACAGUUCCCCAUGUUCGAGCGCCUCAAGUCGGCCCUCUUCGCCUACCGCGAUAGCAACGGCACAAGGACCAACACUGUGCUCGAAGGCGGCGUAAUCACGGCUGCAAGCGCUGGUGCUGCAGGUAGCGUCGCGGCCGUACUCACCACCCCCGUUGACGUCGUCAAGACCCGCAUCAUGCUAGCCGCCGCAGACGUCACCCCGAGGGAGUCGACGGCCGGCCUCGUCGACGCGAUGGGCGCUACCGCCGGCACGACGCAGGCUUCCAGGAAGAACAGCAUCCAGAUUGCGAGGGAGAUUGUUGCAGAAAACGGAGUCAAGGGCCUGUGGCGCGGUGGCGCCCUCCGCGCUGUGUGGACCUUCGUUGGGAGCGGUCUGUACUUGGGUGUGUACGAGAGCGGAAAGACGUACCUCGCCCACCGAAGGGGCGAGCGACUGCGUGAACAAGAUAUACUGUGAAAAGUCGCAUCCCAUCCUGCAUUCUCUCCGCAUAAGUGUACGUACGUGUGUGUGUUUGUGUGUGACACCCUAGAAUAGAGCCGGGCCUCUCGCCUCAAAGCAUUCCUCCCUCG